UUUUCAUCCGUGAUGCGAUACGAGGCUCGUGAAGGUGGUGUUGAUGUUAAGAAGUAGAUGAUGAUUGAUGAGCAAUGGCAGCUCGUCCAAUCUCGAAUCAUCUUUGGAAUUUCCUCUAGCUGAUUCUGUAGCCAACUCUGUUUCCCUGCAUUCAACCGAUUUUUCAUACGUGUAGCUGGAAGACUCUGCUCUGCAGGAAGCAGGAACCUUUCUCCUUUCCUUAAAAAUCGUAUUCUUCAUUGUUUCGGGAUUUGAGGGAAGGCGCCGUACAAGCGUUUUGUACUUUUGAUUGGGAAGGGUUCCAUCGCAUACAUCAUUGAUAUGCCUGUUGCAAGUUCUGAUUCAACUGAUCCAGAUGCAGAACCUUUCGUUGAGGUCGAUCCAACUGGGCGAUUCGGGAGGUACAGCGACCUGCUUGGACACGGUGCUGUGAAAAAAGUUUAUAGAGCAUUUGAUCAGGAGGAAGGUACGGAGGUGGCAUGGAAUCAGGUUCGCUUGGCAAACUUCAGCGAUAAUCCCAUGUUCAUCAAUCGGCUUCACUCGGAGGUUCAGUUGCUGAGCUCGUUGAAUAACCAGUAUAUCAUCGUCUGCUACAACGUCUGGAAGGAUGAUGAACAUAAUAUGCUGAAUUUCAUUACUGAGGUCUGCACAUCAGGGAACCUGCGGAAUUACAGGAAAAAGCACCGCCAUGUGUCCAUUAAGGCCCUGAAGAAGUGGUCAAAGCAAAUACUUGAGGGACUGGACUAUCUCCACACCCAUGAACCAUGCAUCAUCCACAGAGAUCUCAACUGCAGUAAUAUCUUCAUUAACGGAAACACCGGUCAGGUUAAAAUUGGGGAUCUCGGACUGGCAGCAAUUGUGGGAAAGAGCCAUAUCGCGCACACAAUCAUAGGGACUCCAGAGUAUAUGGCACCGGAACUAUACGAGGAAGAUUACACAGAAAUGGUGGACAUUUACUCAUUUGGGAUGUGCUUGCUCGAGAUGAUUGCAAUGGAGAUACCAUACAGUGAAUGUGAUAGUAUUGCUAAGAUAUACAAGAAGGUGACGACUGGGAUACUGCCUCGGGCCAUGAAAAAGGUGACUGAUGCAGAAGUGAAGGCCUUCAUCGAGAAGUGUAUAGCCAAGCCCAGGGCAAGACCUUCGGCCUCUGAUCUGCUCAAGGAUCCAUUCUUUUCCGAACUCAACAACGAUGAUGAGAGUGACCCCACAAGCUGAUAGCUCCGCCUCUCAAUGCUUUCGUCAUCGAACUUGGGAAACCAGCAGAUUGUAGCAGUGAUGGUAGAAUAAUGCGUCUCCUACAGUUUUGCAGUUGCCCUAAAUGAUCGUAAAAUUCCGUGGCUUCACCUCGAGAUCCACUCCCCCGGAUCCAUCAUAUUACUAUCUUCCUUAUCGAGCCUGCAGGUGGUCCAAUAAUGCGCUUACUAGUAGCAGAACAGAUGCACUGUGCUUGUUUCUAUCUCGGAAAGGAACCUCCCCGCAUAUAAUAGGUAAAGGGUGUACAGGGGAAAGGAAACAUAUGUUGCAUAUGGUGGAAGGCAGUUCUUCAAUUCUGAGGUAAAUCUUCUCUCAGACUAUAGAACUAGUGUUGUGAAUUCCGACCACAUUGUUCAUAGAUAUAGUAGAAACCGCCUUGUCAGAUUUCGCUUUCUUCAACAAUGUUAGAUGCUGCAUAUGUCUGCAAAGAAGGCCACUUCUGAAGCCUCGUGUACGUAGCAACUGUGUUCAACAUUGUUAUAAAAUGUUAAAAUAGGUUCACAGUUCUUGGGACCAAAGUAGUAUGUAUCAAUCAAGCAGUCCUCUUACAAAGCAUCAAUGCAACGAAGCCCUUCACGUUUCCAGUUCGCUU